AUGAAUUUUAUCGGGGAGGAUUAUGAUAAUGUAACUUGGGAUACUAGAGCAACGAGUUCUUUACAACCCGAAGAUCUUUCAGAUGAUGAAAAUACUGAUGGUGCAACUGAAAGCAACAAUGAGGACUCAACUUUUAGCAAUGUUGACGAUGCUAUGUUCUCGACUUUAGCGACAUCAUCACUUAUCUAUCCUGCUGCAGAUCCUAUGAAAACAAAUCAACCACCAGAUUCAUAUUUAUCUAAUGUUGUCGUGCCAGUUUUAUUUCCUAUGAAAAUAACUGUCACAGAACCACAAAAACAAUUAGAUGGAACCAAAGAUGCUUUUAUUUCUUAUUUAAUAACUACCAAGACAACUUUGGACACAUUUCUUGAGCCUACAGCGAAAGUUCGACGGCGAUUUCAAGACUUCGUACUUCUAUAUAAUUCACUCAGUCGUGAUUUUGCUGCUUGUGUUAUUCCACCAUUACCUGAUAAACAUAGAAUGGAAUAUAUAACCGGCGACAGAUUUGGACCCGAAUUUGUAGAAAAGAGACGGGCAAGCCUUCAAAGAUUUUUGGAAAGAAUAGCUCGUCAUCCAACUUUACAAAAGAGUGAAUAUUUUAGAAUUUUUUUGGAAUCAAGAGAUUGGGCAAGUUACAUAUUAUUGAAUGGGCAAUAUAAACAAAAGAAAGCCGGAGAUGGUGUUUUUGAGAAUUUGGGAGAUGCCCUGCUUAAUGCAUUUUCUAAACUUAAAAAACCAGAUGAAAGAUUUGUUGAAAUGAAAGAAAGUGUCGAAAAACUCGAAGAAAAUUUGCAAGCAGUUGAGAGACUAUAUCAAAAGAUAAUUAAAAGACAGACAGACCUAGAGGCGGAUUAUAGAGAAUUCGGUUCCAGCGUCACUGGAAUGGGUCAAUUAGAAACGGAAAUCACUGCGCCUUUGCAACAAUUUGGGGACACAGUUUCCAAGUUUGCAGAUGCAUGGAAACAGAUGACGGACCGAGAAGAACAUGGUUUUUUGAAUCAGAUUCACGACUAUCUUACUUAUUGUCAUUGUGUUAAGAACGUUCUUAAAUUACGAGAUCAAAAACAAGUGGAUUUUGAAGAGCUUUCAGAAUAUCUGCAAAAUGCUCUGAAUGAGAAAGCAAAUCUUGUCAAUACAGGAAAAGCAUCUACUGGUAUAUCUUCAUAUUUACGCGAAAAGGUUGAUAAUAUAAAAGGUAUAGAUCAAGAACAAGCUAAGAAAGAAAAGAUACAAAAGCUAGAUACAAAAAUUUUAGAGCUUCAAAAGGAAGUCGAAAGUAGUAAUGAUGUCGCAAAUAAAUUUUCAUCUGAGGUAGCCAAAGAAUUUGAAGUAUUUCAAACUGGAAAAACAAUUGAAAUGAAAGAUUACUUACUUUUAUACGCUGACAGUCAUGUAGAAUUUUAUCGCCAGAGUAUUGAAUUAUGGGAAGAAAUCAUCCCCAUUUUAGAAAAUAUUAAAUUUCAUGCGUAA